AAAUUACAACACUGCGCGGAAUAAACGAAACACUGAUCGAGUGCGGGGCAGAUUGGACUCUGAAAAAUGUUCCUGCGCGCGGUCGCUCGGCCAUUGAUGGCCAAAGUGAAGGAGACGACGGGGAUUGUGGGGCUGGAUGUGGUGCCGAACGCGCGAGAGGUGCUGAUUGGCCUCUACACCAAAACCCUGAAUGAGAUCCGGGCCGUCCCUGAGGAUGAAGGCUACCGUAAGGCCGUCGAAAGCUUCACGAGGCACAGGCUCAACGUUUGCCAGGAAGAGGAGGAUUGGGAAAUGAUCGAGAAGCGCCUUGGCUGUGGCCAGGUGGAGGAGCUCAUCGAAGAGGCUCAGGAUGAGCUCACGCUCAUUGGCAAAAUGAUCGAGUGGGAUCCAUGGGGUGUCCCAGAUGAUUAUGAAUGUGAGGUUGUUGACAAUGACGCACCAAUUCCUAAGCAUGUUCCUUACCAUCGGCCGCCUCCUCUUCCUGAAGAAUUUUUCAACACGCUGGAGGCUGUUACAUCUCAACCUAAAAAGGACACUCUUUCGGUCAGCUAAGGUGAUCAACUUGAAAGGAAGUUCAAGAUUGAACAGUGUUUGUCGGAAGAAGUCUUCACUCCCCAAUGAUGAUCAAAACGGAAUAACAAGAAAAUUUCUAGUCUCUUGUAUUUUGUUCUAUACUGGUGCUAUUAGCUUGUAGCUUUCUCCAUGGCUUUGACCUAGUCUCAUACUUCCCCUUGUGAUCGAGGGCAAGAUUCUGAUUUGUUGAAAACUUGGUAA